UAUUGUAAUGAACGACGAAUCUCGUUUGCUCCUUUCCUCCUUCCCUGAGAUUUGCAGAGGAGAAGCGUGAGCGAGGAGGAGGAUGGAAGAUGGAGCUUCUGAACGAUAUAAGCUCAUCGUUAACGAAGCUCAGAAUGCUAACAAAGGGGGUUGGAUCACAGUUCCCUUCAUCAUAGGGAGCAUGCUGGGGCAGGGGCUGGCACUCACCGGGGCGAUGGGCAACCUGGUGGUGUACCUGAUAAAGGAGUACAACUUCAAUGCCGUAGACGCCGCCCAGAUCGGGAACAUCGUCCAAGGCUGCACCAGCCUUGCCCCGUUGGCCGGCGCCGUCGUCUCAGAUGCCUUCUUUGGGUGCUACCCAGUCGUCGUCUUCUCCGCCAUCGUCACCUUCGUGUCUUUGAUCCUCUUCACACUGACCGCCGCCUUCCGGUCGUUGCAACCACCCCCAUGCGCGUUCAUCUCCGACGCUUGCGUGCCAUCGGCGGGUCAGCUUGCGUUCCUCUACACGGCGGUGGGGCUGAUGGUCGUCGGGUCCGGCGGGACACAGUUCAACAUGCUCACCUUUGGAGCCCACCAAUUCGACAGCGUCGGUGACCGGGACGUCUUCUUCAACUGGUCCAUCGUCGUCAUGUACGCCGUCGGCAUCAUCGGCUCUACCUCCAUCGUCUUCGUCGAGGACUCCAUCAGCUGGGCGUUGGGCUUCGGCGUGUCAGCGGCGGCGAACGCCAUCGCCGUGGUGCUUGUGCUCCUUGGAAGCAAGCAUUACCGAAGGCCGGCGGCAUGUGGAAGCCCCUUCACUGGACUGGCCCGUGUGGCCGUUGCCGCUAUAAGGAAGUGGGAUGUUGUGGUGGCAGAGGAUGACAGCACAUAUUCCCACGGGACAUCUGAGCUCGAGGAGUCAAUCAACCUUCGACCGAGUCAACGAUUUAGCUUUCUGAACCGGGCCGCAUGGAUCUGCCAUGGCGACACGCGGCCGGACGGCUCCAUCGCCAAGCCAUGGAGCCUCUGCACCGUCCAACAAGUAGAAGACUUCAAGUCCCUUCUCCGUGUCCUCCCUCUCUGGAGCGCCUCCAUCUUCCUCAGCGUCUCCAUCGGCAUCCAGCUCAUCCUCACCGUUCUCCAGGCCCUCACCAUGGACCGCUCCCUCGGCCCCCGCUUCUCCAUCCCCGCCGGCUCCAUGGUCGUCUCCUCCUUCGUUUCCACUGUCCUCUCCCUCUUACUCCUCGACCGCCUCAUCCUCCCGCUCUGGCAAAAGCUCAGCCCGCGCCCCCCGAGGCCUCUGCUGCGCAUCGGCCUUGGCCACAUCAUCAACACCGCCGGCAUCGCGGCGUCCGCCUUGGUGGAGAGAAAGCGCCAGCAUGGCGACUGGGUCGUGCCCAUGACCGCGCUGUGGCUGGUGCUGCCGUUGGCGGUGACCGGAGUGGCGGACGCGCUGCACUUCCCGGGCCAGGUGGCGCUAUACUUCCAGGCGUUCCCGAGGUCGCUGAGGAGCACUGCGACAGGGAUGAUGGCGCUGAUCAUCGCUCUCGGAUUCUACCUGAGCGCCGCCAUGGUGGACAUGGCUCGGAGGGUCACCGGGUGGCUGCAGGACGACAUUAACGGCUCGAAGGUGGAGAACGUGUACUGGCUCGUGGCGGGGUUGACUCUGGUCAACUUCGGGUACUACGUGUUAUGCGCAAAGCUUUACUAGUAGAGUAUCCUA